CAGUUUUUACCCGCACCCCGCUUGUGGUCACACUUGCCAGUUGUGUUCUGAGUUUUCAGUCUCGCACAUUGCCAAAAGUAUAAUCAAAUUAUUUGAUUAGGUCUUUGGUCUGCAGCACAUUUGCACAUAUCCAAUAAUUAUCUGAUAUCGACGCUAUGGCACUUAAUCCACAAUACGAGGACAUUGGCAAGGGCUUCGUUCAGCAAUAUUAUGCCAUCUUUGACGACCCGGCAAACCGCGCUAACGUGGUUAACUUCUACAGUGCGACAGACAGUUUCAUGACCUUCGAGGGCCAUCAGAUACAAGGAGCGCCAAAAAUCCUUGAAAAAGUCCAGAGUCUCAGUUUCCAAAAGAUCAGUCGUGUAAUCACCACAGUUGACUCUCAGCCCACAUUCGAUGGCGGCGUACUGAUUAAUGUCCUGGGACGUGUACAGUGUGAUGAUGAUCCUCCACUCGCUUUCUCGCAGGUCUUCGUGCUGAAAGCCAAUGCUGGUACCUAUUAUGUUGCUCAUGACAUUUUCCGCCUUAACAUACACAAUUCUGCCUAAGGACCGCGCCACAACCAACAACAACUACAACAACAAUCAUAAGCACCAACACCCAAAGAUGCAGCCCUCGAUCAACAACAGCAAAAAGAAAAAGAACACAAAGAACCUGCCUAGAAGACUACGAUGCAUAUUUUCCCACGUCUAUCAAGAAUGAAAAUCAUAAAAACAACAACAGCACAAUACGAUUUCAAUCUAACUACAAUAGCAAUGUAAAAAUGCGUCCAAGCGAUUUUUAUGAUUUCCAUGUCGGCGGCUAAUUGAUGUUUGUGUUUCGGGCGGGCCUCAGCCUAAUUAUAAUAACUCUUAAUGCAUGUUGCAAUGUUGCAGGUUUAUUGACACAAAACAAAACAACAAAAAAAAAAAACAACAAAAACUAUGGCACACUAUAUGUAUACAUAUAAUUUAAGCAAAAAGAUUAAAAAAAAAAAACAAAAAUAUUGUAUGUUUGAGAGACAACAAAAAAAAAACUUUACGCAAAUAAACUCGUUUUUUUGG